AUCCGUUUGUCUUCGGAGAAGAGACUUGAGUCGCCGCCGGUGAAUACUUUUCGAUACAUCCCGCCGUACGAUUUCUCUUAAUUGGCGUCCUUUGUGCAGUGAGAAUGGGGAGCAAUGAUUUGAACACCUGGGUUUCGGAUAAAUUGAUGGUUCUGCUUGGCUAUUCAGAAACUGCUGUUGUCAAGUAUCUAAUUGCCAAGGCUAAAAAAUCAGAAUCACCAGAUGAACUCGUGGGUGAGUUGGUAGAUUACGGGUUUUCUUUGUCUGGUGAUACCCGUGCUUUUGCAGAAGAAAUUUAUGCCAGAGUUCCCCGGAAAACCGCUGGUGUGAAUCUCUACCAGCAACAAGAAGCAGAGGCAGCGCUGCUGUUGAAGAAGCAGAAAACUUUUUCCCUUUUAGAGGCUGAUCAUGAUGAAGAUGAAGGCAAUGCAGCGAAACAAUCUGGUUUGCAAUCAGGAAAGUCAGAUAAAGGAAAAAAGAGGUUCAGGAAGAAAAUUGAGGAUUCGGAAGACUACGACGAUGAUGAGGCAAAUUGUUUUCUAUUCAAUGACAGACUUCCUUUUUUUCCUUUAUGGUGGUGAUUACUAGAGAGGACAAAAGGAAUGUUAGGCCAAAGGUGUCCGAAGGCGAGGAUGAUGGAACUGAGUCUGAAGAGGAAAGAUUACGUGACCAAAGGGAGAGAGAAGAGCUAGAGCAGCACCUAAGAGAACGUGAUACUGCACGGACACGAAAGCUAACAGAGCCAAAAAUGUCAAAGAAAGAGCAAGAAGAGGUUGUUCGAAGAGAUAGUGCUGUCGAGAAGGGUGAUACACAAUCCGAAAGGAAUUUCUCACGGCAAGAAUAUUUGAAGAAAAGGGAACUGCAGAAACUGGAAGAGCUAAAGGAUUAUCUGGAAGAUGAAUCAUACCUUUUUGGAGAUGAAAAGCUCACUGAAGCAGAAAUUCAGGAUUUUAGAUACAAGAAGGCAAUCUACGAGCUCAUAAAGAAAAGGACACAAGAAGAAGAUAAUGUAGGAGAGUAUAGAAUGCCGGAUGCAUAUGAUCAAGAUGGAAGUGUUGACCAGGAGAAGAGAUUUGCUGUUUCUGUACAACGUUACAGGGACACGGGUUCCACGGAGAAAAUGAACCCCUUUGCAGAGCAAGAAGCUUGGGAGGACCAUCAGAUUGGAAAUGCAACAUUAAAAUUUGGUGCCAAGAAUAAGCAGGUCUCAGACAAUUACGAGUUUGUAUUUGAAGACCAAAUAGACUUCAUAAAAGCAUCUGUGUUGGCUGGUGAUAAUUAUGAAGAUGCAAUGCCUGCUAAACCAUCUCAAGAGUCUACUGGGAAAUCGGCUUUUGAUAUGCUUCAGGAGGAGAGAAAAAAUCUGCCAAUUUAUUCAUAUCGUGAACAACUUCUUAAUGCUGUGAAAGAUCAUCAGGUUCUUAUCAUUGUGGGAGAAACGGGUUCUGGCAAGACCACACAGAUACCCCAAUAUCUUCACGAAGCUGGUUACACAAAGCAUGGAAAGGUUGGUUGUACGCAGCCUCGAAGAGUUGCGGCUAUGAGUGUGUCUGCUCGUGUUGCUCAAGAGAUGGGUGUCAAACUUGGACAUGAGGUUGGCUAUUCCAUUCGAUUUGAGGAUUGUACGUCUGAGAAAACAAUUCUGAAGUAUAUGACUGAUGGAAUGCUUUUGCGUGAGUUGCUUGGUGAACCAGAUCUGGGCAGUUACAGUGUUAUCAUCGUGGAUGAGGCGCAUGAAAGAACUUUGCACACCGACAUACUAUUUGGAUUAGUUAAGGAUAUAGCACGGGCUCGACCUGAUCUGAAGUUAUUGAUAUCCAGUGCAACCAUGGAUGCAGAGAAGUUUUCUGAUUUCUUUGACCACGCCCCUAUCUUCAGUUUCCCAGGACGAAGGUAUCCAGUUGACAUUUGCUUUACUACUGCACCUGAAGCUGAUUACAUGGACGCAGCAAUAGCUACUGUGCUUACAAUACAUGUGAAGGAGCCACUUGGGGAUGUUUUGGUCUUCCUCCCAGGUCAAGAGGAAAUUGAGGCCGUAGAAGAGAACUUGAAGAACAAGAUUAGAGGUUUGGGUACAAAGAUCCGCGAACUCAUUAUAUGCCCAAUUUAUGCUAACCUUCCAAGCGAACUCCAAGCAAAAAUAUUUGAACCAACUCCUGAAGGGGCACGAAAAGUGGUGCUAGCGACAAAUAUUGCUGAAACAUCAUUGACCAUCGAUGGUAUAAAGUAUGUCGUUGAUCCAGGCUUUAGCAAGAUGAAAUCCUAUAACCCUAGAACAGGGAUGGAAUCUUUGCUUGUAACGCCUAUCUCUAAGGCUUCAGCGACUCAGCGAGCUGGUCGAGCUGGAAGAACAAGUGCUGGGAAGUGUUACCGCUUAUACACUGCGUAUAAUUACUACCAUGACUUGGAGGACAACACCAUACCUGAAAUUCAAAGGACUAAUCUCGCUAGUGUGGUGCUUUCUUUGAAGAGUCUUGGAAUUCAUAAUCUGCUGAACUUUGACUUCAUGGACCCUCCACCUUCUGAAGCGCUUAUAAAGUCCUUAGAGCUUCUCUUUGCUCUAGGUGCUCUCAAUCAGCUCGGCGAAUUGACCAAAGCUGGUAGGCGGAUGGCAGAAUUUCCCCUUGAUCCAAUGUUAUCGAAGAUGAUUGUUGUUUCUGACAAAUACAAAUGCUCCGAUGAGAUCAUAUCAAUUGCUGCUAUGUUGUCCAUCGGGCCUUCUAUCUUUUACCGUCCCAAGGACAAGCAGGUUCAUGCUGACAAUGCAAUGAUGAAUUAUCACGUUGGAAAUGUCGGUGAUCACAUUGCUUUGCUCAAGAUUUACAAUUCGUGGAAGGAAACAAACUACUCAACACAAUGGUGCUACGAGAACUAUAUUCAGGUUCGGAGUAUGAAAAGAGCCAGAGAUAUCCGUGAUCAGUUGGAGGGUCUUCUUGAGAGAGUUGAAAUAGAAGUUAGCUCAAACUCGAACGAGUUGGAUUCAAUAAGAAAAUCCAUCGUAGCUGGUUUCUUUCCACACACUGCCAAACUACAGAAGAAUGGAUCAUAUCGAACAGUGAAGCAUCCCCAAACCGUGCACAUACAUCCAGCCUCUGGUUUAUCUCAGGUAUUGCCGAGAUGGGUUGUAUAUCAUCAACUAGUUCUUACCUCUAAGGAGUACAUGCGACAGGUAACAGAGGUAAAACCCGAGUGGUUGAUUGAGAUAGCUCCACAUUAUUAUCAGCUCAAGGAUGUUGAAGAUGCUGCAUCCAAGAAAAUGCCCAAAACCACUGGCCCAGCUGUGGUGUAGGCGGUCUCCAAUCCAUAUAACAUUUUGUAUUUUCUAACUGUAAUAACGUUGUCAUUAGUAUCUAACAAAAAGGUUCAUUACA